AUGGUACAGAACAAAGGUCUCAUUUUUAAGUCAGUCCCGACGGACUGGCCUGUGGAAGGCAAGGACUUGACAAUUGAGGAUCGAGGGUUCGAUCUCGACGCUGAGCCAGACAAAGAUGGAAUCACCACCAAAAACUAUUACAUUUCCUUCGACCCUUAUCAGCGUGGUCGUAUGCGUGCCCCGGAGAUAGCAUCCUACUCUCCGCCUUUUGCGCUGGGGAUGCCCAUCACCAAUUCGGCAGUGUCAAAAGUGCUCAAGUCCAACAACUCGAAGUUCAAGGAGGGUGAUAUUGUGACUGGGGCUUUGCCGACAGAAGAGUACUCGAGCAUCUCUGCCGAGGUUGCCAACAACAUGGUUAGGAAAUUGGACAAUCCGUAUGAUCUCGAUCCCAAGCUCUUUGUUGGCGCCCUUGGCAUGCCUGGCCUGACGGCAUAUUCAUCUUUCUACGAAAUAGGGGAACCCAAAAAGGGAGAGACUAUAUUCAUCUCCGCCGCGAGUGGGGCUGUUGGACAGAUUGUUGGGCAACUUGCGAAGCAUGAGGGAUUAAAGGUGAUCGGCAGUGUGGGUAGUGACGACAAAUUGGACUUCAUCAGGAAAGAGCUCAAUUUCGACGAGGGUUUCAAUUACAAGAAGGAGAAUCCUAGCGAUGCCCUGAAGCGGUUGGCGCCCAAGGGUAUUGAUGUAUAUUUCGAAAACGUUGGGGGAGAGCAACUGGAUGCCGCUAUUGCGGCAAUGAACAACUUCGGUCGCAUUAUUGCCUGCGGUAUGGUUUCGCAGUACAACAUAUCAGACCCGAAUCAGAGAUACGGAGUCAAGAACUUGGGAGCGGUAGUAGGUAAGCGUCUCAAAAUGCAAGGCUUCAUUGUCGGCGACGCGAACAUGGGCCCCAAGUACGCCGCAGAUCACCAGAAGAACGUCGCCAAAUGGAUCUCGGAAGGGACUUUCAAGGCACAGCAGAGCGUAACCGUAGGAAUUGAUAAUGCCAUCAAGGGUUUAUUAGGGAUGCUGAAGGGGGAAAACUUUGGCAAGGCUGUCUUGACAAUCGAGGAGAUGAAAUGA